CCAUUUCUUGUAUUCUAAACCAAUUGUACAUUAGUUCAAUUUUUCGUAAUGGUAGUAGCAUAGAAUUAAACUUUGUCCUAAUUUCAUAAAAGUUGAUUACUUCUUUUCCGUUUUGUCUUAAAUUUUAUUUUAGGGUGUAAAAAUAAUUUUUAAGUUGAUUUUAUUAUAUUAGGAAUAAAUAUUUCAUAAAAUUUGUGUAUUAACGUGAAUUUUGAAAAUGCUACGAAUUACAAGUUAUAUUGGACUAAAACCCUCAAAUUUUAUUAAAAUCAUUAACUCGAAUGCCAGAUGUUUUGCAACACAAGCUGCUGUAAAAAAUGCACCCAAAGAAAAGCAGGAAAAAGAUAUAGAUUCAAAAUCUCAAUCUUUUGUUAAGAAUAUUUUCCUUGGUCAGUUAGAGACUACUCAAAUGUUUCCAUUUCCAGAUGUUUUGAAUGAAGAACAACUUGACACAUUAAAAUUAAUAAUAGAUCCCAUAGAAAAAUUUUUUGAGAAAGUAAAUGAUCCAAUGAAGAAUGAUGAAAAUGCAUCGAUAGAUGAAAAAAUUUUGCAAACAAUGUGGGAGCUUGGAGUAUUUGGUCUCCAAGUUCCUCAGAAAUAUGGUGGAUUAGGAUUAACUAAUACGCAAUAUAGUAGAUGUGUUGAAAUAUGUGGAUAUCACGACUUAGGUAUUAGUAUUGUGUUAGGUGCACAUCAAAGUAUAGGAUUCAAGGCUAUACUUUUAUAUGGUACCCCAGAACAGAAAGAAAAAUAUCUUCCAAGAGUUUGCAGUGGAGAUUAUGCAGCAUUUUGCCUCACAGAACCAAGCAGUGGUUCAGAUGCUGGCUCAAUUCGUUCUCGUGCAAUAAAGUCAGUAGAUGGUUCACAUUAUGUCUUAAACGGCAAUAAAAUUUGGAUAUCAAAUGGUGGUUUAGCAGAAAUAAUGACAGUUUUUGCACAAGUCCCUAUGAAAGAUCCAAAAACUGGUGAAACUAAGGAUAAAGUUACAGCAUUUAUUGUUGAAAAAUCCUUUGGCGGGGUAACAAGUGGACCACCAGAAAAAAAGAUGGGUAUUAAAUGUAGUAAUACAGCAGAAGUAAAUUUUGAAAACGUUAAAAUACCAGCAGAAAAUGUUAUAAGGAGUGAAGGACAAGGUUUUUCGGUUGCAAUGAAUGUUUUAAAUAAUGGUCGAUUUGGUAUGGCUGCUGCUCUUUCCGGAACUAUGCGUUAUUGUAUCAAAAAAGCAGUGGAACAUGCAACACAACGAGUACAAUUUGGACACACGAUAGAUUAUUACGGAAGUAUACAGGAAAAAUUAGGCCAUAUGGCGAUGUUACACUAUGUAGCUGAGAGUCUUGCAUAUUCAAUUGCGGGAAACAUGGAUAAUGGAAGUCAGGAUUAUUAUUUGGAAGCUGCAAUUUCUAAAUGUUUUGCAUCGGAAGCUGCAUGGUGGGUUUGUGACGAAGCUAUUCAAAUACUCGGUGGAAUGGGAUAUAUGAAAGAUACUGGUCUCGAACGAGUUCUGCGAGAUUUACGUGUCUUUAGAAUUUUUGAAGGAGCCAAUGAUGUCCUCCGUCUUUUUGUUGUACUUUCUGGACUUCAAUCUGCAGGCAUACAUUUGCGACAUAUAAUGUCAGCAUUUAAGAUUCCUACCAUCAAUUUGGGAUUGAUCUUUGAAGAACUAAGUAAAAGAGCUAUGCGAACAAUUGGGUUGUCAUCAACGCGUAAUCUUAUGCACUUAGUUCAUCCUAAUUUAGAAAAAAGUGCUACAUUGUGUGCUAAGAGCAUAGAAACUUUUGGUCAAAGUAUAGAAAGUGCCAUUGUCAAAUAUGGACCAAAUAAGAUUGUGGAGCAACAAUUUGUUCUUAACAGAUUAGCUCAAGCAGCGUUUGAUAUAUACACUAUGGCUAUUGUAUUAAGCAGAGCAACUACAUCUGCAAACAAAAAACUUCCAAGUAUGGAGCACGAACUUCUUAUGGCAGAAACUUGGUGUUCUCUGGCAUCCCGUCGUGCGAAUUCUAAUUUGAAAUUUGAUAAGCAAUUAAAUGUAUUUACUAACUUAACCAAAAUUUCAAAGAACAUGUGUGAUGCUGGUGGAUGUGUUCAACUAAACCCACUAUGUUUUUAAUGAUACGUUCAGACAUUGAAUAAUUAAUAUACAAUAAUUAACAGCUUAUAUAAUAUUAGAAAUAUUGAAUCUGUAACAGUACUGAAAUUAUUUUGAUAUUUUUACACAAAAGAGAUAUUGUAAAUAAACUGUUAUAAAGAAUAUACACAUGAAAGUA